AUUUGAUGAACGCAAUUGUCUCGUGAACCGUCACAUGACUGCGUCCAGAGCUGAACGAGCUUGAGCUUCGACGUGUUAAAAACUACCAAUCAUGUUAACAGUUCUACCUGAAGAGCUUCUCCAUCUGGCGACCCAAAGUCUUGCAUACAAUCCGGCGUAUCCGUCAGACAGUCCGUCUGGAGCUCAUUUCAAAAAUUCAUCACCUGAGCUCAUCGCACUCUCAGCUGUUAAUCGGCAGCUGCGACGCAUCAGUCUACCAUUCUUAUUUGCUUUCUUCAGGAUAAUCAAAACAAUCAAACUAGAUAAUGUGUACUUCCCCAUGGAGACCGGACACGAGGAACUAUGCAUGUUGCUGCCUCAUCUUCCUCGUCUUGCAUGUAUAGACCUGCAAGGUUACACUUCGAGUGUCGCACUGCUCAACGCUGUGAAUAAACAUCCCUCUGUUUCGGCAAUGAUUGUCGAUUCAUUGUACGGCCUUCAUCAUCUGCCGAAACCACUCAGUUCCUUGGAUUUGUCAAAAGUCGUAGUCGAGUGCGGAAGCAUAUCUCAUCCCGGCUUGGAGACCUCCUAUGCUCGCGGGUUGAAAGUGUAUCAACUCGUUAUUCGCCAACCAGAAUCACUCAAGGAAGAAUUUGGGAACUCCACAUUUCAAGGUCUCCAUGAAAUCAGCUUGGCCAUGAAUCGCCACCCUAUCCUUCUGGGGUGGCUUCCCCGACUCGCAUCCGCUCAUCCACAAUUGAAGAAUGUCAUAUUCGUCGACAUGUCAAAUUCAAAAAUGCAAUUUACCCCUGACACCAUCCCUUUCAUCCUUCCUUUUAUCGAAAAGUCGUCCCAGCGAGGACUCGACUCAACUUUCAAUAUCACACGCCUUGUGAUUAGCCGUACUCAAUGUGGUUGUCUAUCCAUUUCAGGGUGGCACGUCACGGAACUCAUCAUGAAUGUCCAGUCCUCUCUACUUGUAAUUCUUCCAAUCGUUGCUUCUUGCUUUCCAUGUUUGCGCACGUUGGGUUUUUGGAUUUAUCAUAAGAGACGAUACAAUGUCGAUAAACUCGUGGCUGUCCUCGCCUCCUUUCGGUCACUCCGAGUGUUGAAGCCGGCUCGCCUCUUCGAGCGGUUGCGAUCUGCUGACGAACAGCUACACCGGCCAUGGAAGCCACUUCGCCAUAUUGAUAAGAUCCAUCGGGUCCGGCGACUUGGUGCUCGAGCGGAAGCCAGGUUAUAUUGGUAUAUGUCUCUCAUUUCGAAAGGCCUGCCUUCUCUAGAAGCUGUAUAUGUUGAAGAAGAGGGGUAUGGCGAUGAGAAAUCUUGUUCUCAUGGAGAUUGGUUUCUCCAAGGAUGGCUCAGUGUCAGGGGUGCUCGAGAUUUCGCUGGAACAUUAGAACUUGGCGGCAUAUCCGGGUGAGGGCUCGCAAUAAAUACAAUUUAUAGCAUCAGGCAUGAACUGGUGACUGUCAACUCUAAUACACAUUUAUAGAAGAAUAUAGCUGUGUUUUACUGGUCAUAUACGAGGGUGGCGGGGUCUGGACUCUGGAAUGAUAGACAAAUGACCUUGUGUUUGAGACGACUACUUGGAGUUGAACGACUCCGAACCGCCAAUGUUGCUCCCUGAAGAGCUGCUUCACUACAUAAUAUUGACAUCUAUCGACAAACCGUUUUCAUCCAGCUUUCCGGCAGCUUUUGAGAGUCCCUCUGCGGAGCUGCUCGGUCUCUCGACAG